AUGAAGGGAACAUACCAACAGCUGGCGGCUCGCAUCUGCGACAAAUGGCAAGAUGCCAAAGCCAAGGGACAAGGACGACUUAUAAUUGCUUUGGCUGGCCCUCCCGGAUCUGGAAAGUCGACGAUCGCAGAGGAAGUCGUUGCACUCGUUGAGAAAUCACCAGACGGCCCAUCCAUCAAACUCAUCCCUGCGGACGGAUUCCACCUACCUCUCUCAGUGCUCAGAUCGCUUCCAAACGCAAAAGAGGCUUUGGAGCGUCGAGGCGCACACUGGACUUUUGACGCGGUGGCAACCGUCGAUUUGGUGCGCUGUCUAAGGAAUAAUACUGGUCGGACACAGGUGCUAGCGCCGACUUUUGAUCACGCGGUCAAGGAUCCGGUUCUAGAUAGCUUAGUGGUGGACAUUGACACCGAGGUUUGCAUCAUCGAGGGAAAUUACGUGUUAGUGGACGAAGCUCCUUGGAGUGAAAUCUCGAGCCUGGUCGAUGAUCGAUGGCUCGUAACUGUUGACAAGGAGGUCGCGCGUCAAAGGGUAGCAUCGAGGCAUUUAAAAGCUGGCAUUGAGAGUACACUACACGAUACUCUGCUAAGAGUUGACAAUAAUGACUCUCUCAACGGAGAGUAUAUCAUGGAGCACAGUUUGGGUAAACAAGACUUGCUGGUGGAGAGCAUUGAGGAGGCAAGAUAA